CGCUGGUCCGCUGGGCUCGCGUUUAGAGUUCCGCCCUGGCGCAGGCAUGCUGUGUCGACUUGGCUGUCGGUGGCCGCGUCUGUUGCCUGCCCUGCAGCUCCAGGCUGGGGGCCCGCUGCUAGCGCCGGUCCCAACGAGUGGCGCCAAGCGCCCCGCUCUCCCAGUGUGGGCGGUGGCCACAGUCUCUACAGUUGGCUCAGGCGGCGCGGGCGGCUGGUACGAGGCCCUGGCAGCGUCGGCGCCGGUGCGGGGCGCGGAGGAAGUGCUGCUCGGCGCGCACGCCGCCACGGGCCUGCCCUGGUGGGGCAGCAUUCUGCUCACCACCGUGGCCUUGCGCGUUGUUGUCACGUUGCCCCUGGCGGCCUACCAGCACUACAUCCUGUCCAAGGUAGAAAAUUUGCAGCCGGAAAUAAAAAACAUUGCCAGGCAUCUGAAUCAAGAAGUUGCAGUUCGUGCACAUCAGUUGGGGUGGUCCAAAAGAGUUGCCAGGCUCACUUAUUUAAAGUAUAUGAGGAGGUUUGUUUCAGAGCUGUAUGUUCGGGAUAACUGUCACCCUUUCAAAGCCACUGUGUUGUUCUGGAUUCAGCUUCCGAUGUGGAUCUUCAUAUCUGUUGCCCUCCGAAAUUUUAGUACAGGGGCAACACAUUCAGAAGCAGGUUUUUCUGUUCAGGAACAGUUAGCUACUGGUGGGGUCCUGUGGUUUCCUGACCUCACCGCUCUGGAUUCCACUUGGAUUCUGCCUGUCUCCAUCGGUGUCAUCAAUUUAUUAAUAGUGGAGAUUUUUGCUCUACAAAAAAUUGGAAUGUCUCAUUUUCAGACGUAUAUUACAUACUUUGUCCGUGCAGUAUCAGUGUUGAUGAUUCCAAUUGCUGCAACAGUACCGUCUUCAAUUGUUCUCUACUGGUUAUGCUCCAGUAUCAUGGGCCUUUUCCAGAAUUUGCUGCUGCGUUCUCCUGGAUUUCGCCAACUUUGCCGAAUACCGUUGACCAAAUCAAAUUCAGACACUCCUUAUAAAGACCUUUUUGCUGCCUUUUAUUCUAAGUUCAUUUCAAGAAAAUGAAUGAUAUAUUGUCUAAUAAUUUUGAAACAAUUGCAAGUGUCACUAUCGCCUGAAUGUAUUUAGAUUUAGAAUUCAAGUGUUAUUUAAUUUGCCUUUAUUUAAAAUCAUGAACUCUGUGAAGUACUAUGGGUUAAGAUGUAAUCCGGUUAUAUCUGACAAUAACUAAAACAUUUUAAGUGAUAGAAAUGUAGUACGCUUAAUUGUAAAAGUGUAAAAAUGGAACCAAAGUGUCUAUUCCUGUUUAUAAAACUAAUACUUGUUAGGGGGUGCCAGUAAUUUGGACAACAGGAUUGGAUACUGAAUGAUGUCAAAUUAUACUAAACAGUCAGUCCCACACAUUAAAGUUUUGUAAAAUAAAAGUAUUCAGUGAAGUGAUUUUUAAUAUUUUGGAAGUGGGGAGGAUUAUAGACCUGUGAGCAUCUGAUAAAAGGCUAUGUAUAGUUUUCUUUUCAGAAAAGUCCUUGGACUCACAACAUGGGGACCUUCACUGACACCCCUGAAGAUCUUCUGGCAACUCCUAGUUAAACUGAUUCUGAUGGAACAUACAUUGAUGUUGAGUUAAUGUGUGGUUGAAAAAAAAGGACUUGAAACACAUGCAAUAGAGUAGUCCAUGCAUAUAAGUACCGAAUAUGGUAUAUAAUUGCUGUGGGUUAAAUGUGUGCCCCAAAGGUUCGUAAUUGGGAACUUAGUCUUCAUUGCUAUUGUGUUAACACGGAGGGAAAUACAAUUGUGGUAAUUGAAAGGUGGGGUCUUUUAAGAGGUGAUUAGAUUGUGAGGGCUGUACCCUUGUGAAUGGGUUAAUACAUUGAUGAAUGAAGGGGUGGUAAUGGGUGAAGUUAUGAUGGCUCUAAAAGGAGAGUAAGUGAGGAGAUUAGCUGUCUCUUGCUCAUCCCAUUAAUGUGACCUGUAGAGUCAUCAACGUCAAGAAGGCCUGCACCGCAGGCCCCCCUGGAGUGUAGACUUCAUAGCCUCCAAAUUGUAAGAAAUAAAUUUUGUUUUCAUAUAAAUUACCUACUUUCAGGUAUUCUGUUAUAAGGAACAGAAAUGGACAAAUAACAAUAUUGCCUCCCAGUCCUUCUUUGAAAGAAUACAAAAAGUGUACAUUUCUUUCUCUAUAAUUUAAGAAGUCUAGAAUGCAGAGUCUUGCACUGUGUACUGCUAGAGGCCAAAGUGGAAAAUCUUAAGCAUUCAGUUUGUUUAGUCAGAGGAAGAAAACCAGAAUGGCAGCUGUCUAUUAUGGAGGUGAUUUUAAACUGUUGUUUAUUUGGAAAGAUUAAAUAUUGUAAUGGGUUUAAACAAUGAUAGAAGUUUAAUAUAGGAAAAAAAUGACAGGUAAUAUAAAUUGUGGAUCUAGUUGCUUGUUUAAGUUGAAAAGAUGCUAAAACUAAUUUUUUUUUUAAAUUUUAUUUUGUCGAUGUACAAUGUGGUUGAUUAUUGUGUAAAACUAAUUCUGAUUGAGAUAAUUAACAGUAAAUUUGACAGGCAUUUGAGAAGAUUAUAAAUUAUAAAUUUUCAUUGAGUUAAAAUAUGGACCCAAUCCUGAGAAAUCCUGUCAUCCCAUCUCAAUGUUUUACAGUAAAAUAAAAACUCAAAUGAAAUUAA